CGAAUUGACAGUAGUUAUAUUCGCACCUUUAAACUCAGCAAUGAACGUUGGGUCGAUAUUAAAUGACGAUAAUCCUAGUGAUACCGAGGUAUCGCGGCCGACUAGUGCCAUUCCCAAGCUGGUUCAGUCGGCUGAACCUCCCAGACAAAGAAACUCGAUUGUUAGCUUGUUGAACGACGAUAAAACACCUACUCCAGAAAAAGAGUCUUCUUCCAGCAGUUUGAGACAAGAGAUAAAAGAAGAACCUCAACUCACUCAAGCCGGAGACAGUGAAUCCCGAUCUGUUUUCAAAACCAGUGAAAGUGCCACGAAGCCGUCACCUCCCGCCAAUGGCCAUGUGAAGUCUGAGGAACAAGAAGAGGACGAAAUCAAGAAAUUAACUAAACUCAAAGGAAAGACUAAGCCUAAGAGAUAUAAAACUCCUCCCAUUUGGGCACAGGAAUGGACAACUAAGCUGUCCAAUAACCUGGCUGCUCGCAACCCCGAGGAGUCGAUGGAUUCGCUUCUGUUGUCCGAAAAGUCUAUCUUCAAUACCAGUACCACCAGCAGUGUAGACCUUGAAUGUUCCAUUACCGGAAUAAUACCUCCUCCCAGUGUCACCAGACGAAUUGCUGAAUGGAUCUACGCCAAUUUCAUCGAAAUCAACGAGGCAAAUCGAAAGUAUGUCGAGCUUGAGUUGAAGUUUGGGACCAUCAUGGACAAAGUCUCCCGGAACAGAAUCGCAAUUCUGGUGUCAACCGAAUGUAUAUACACGGACGCAUCGAGCAUAUUCUUUGAAAGUGGCAUCCAUCAAGUGGGAUUCGAAGAUAUGCUCAAGUUCUUGGAAGAAUUAGAGAAAACGUACCAAGAAGAUUUAAAACUGCAGCCUCCCGGCAAGCCUCGUCGAAAGUUCAACAUCCUUGAAACCGACGUCACGGACUCCAUCUACUACACGCGAGGCAGAAAUGAACAGCCCAAAUCGGUGAGAAUAUCAAAAGAUAAUCUUUUAAAUCCUCCACGGUACACGGCAAUUAACAAGCAACGGAUCUCAGACUUGUACAUACACAAUCCCUCGUCAAUGUAUGACUUACGCUUGUCGCUUUCAUUGGAAAACCCCGUACCAAACGAGGAAAUCGAGCUGAUCAUGAAGAAACUGAAGCCUAGUAAAGUAAGAAUUAAGCAACGGAAUACUUUUACCCACCGGCCCACCAUCACUCAGUUCGACUUCACGAGGGUGACAUCGCCCAAGGAGCUGAAAAAUACCCAAACUGGCAAGCGAGUUAUUGAUAACGAAAAGUCGUAUGAGGUAGAACUUGAAAUCGAUGUGGCAGAGCUAUUUGCAGGUUUUGAUAUGUUCAAGAGCGGUACAAACGCCAUUAGGUUCGAGGAAUUGGUCGAGGUUUUUAUCAACAAUGCCCGGUCUUUGAACAAUCGGGUCACCAAGUUGGCCAAAUGAUCCCAAAGUAUAAUAUGUAUAUAUAAGUCGAAUAAACAGUUUAGUACUGAC